AUGGAGCUAAUGAACAAUCAAAUGCCAUACUUAUUGCCUGAUGAAUACUCCAAGGUUGCUAACAAGGAUUGCCACCCAAUGUGUGAAGGGAUGAAACUUGUCCUGAAUCGCUAUCGCUUUGAUGUCAAACCAGAGAUAAUUAAUAGAAGUAUUAUUGAGGCGACUGGUCUUGUAUAUGAAUGUGAUUUUAAUGUGAAAAAACAUGCUGAAUCCUUGCACUAUGCUGGUGAGCACCUUAAGGAGAUAUCUGGCAUUGACUUUGAGGAUUGGGAUUUACUCAAACUUGCAACUGCUCUCAUGAUAGUAGGUUACCCUAAAGGUGAACAAACUGUAGCUGGCAAUCUUAAAAAGCUUUUUGGAGAUGACUAUUCAACGCUGGUAGAGGAUGCACCUAAGUAUAAAAACAAAGGGUUACGAGAGGUGGCUUGCUACAGAGUCUAUGAAGAAAUGCUGUGGGCCCGUAAAGUAAGGUUUAAGGCGCUGCGGCACUUGGCUGCUUUAAUCAGGACAGCCCAUGAAGCCUAUGAUACUGAACAAGUGAUGAGCCAUGAGUGA